UUGAAACCAAGACCGGUGACCGGGCAUAUAGCCACUCCGGAUAAGAUAAGAUAACCAAGUCGGAUAAGACAAGCCUAGUUAGAAUUAACAAAGUUAUAGUCAUUUGAAACAGUUCUUCGAUGACUAAUUGUCAACAGUUAUAUUAUCAUCUUAAUGGUGUUUAUGCGAUUUCAUCUUUGACGAACAUAAUUUGUAAAACCAACUUUAACGUCAAGAGGAUUUUGAACUGCGAGAGCUUAAGUAUAAAAAAUGGUUGAAAAAGAAAGUCAUUGUUUUAUUGUUGGUGAAAAUCAGGAAAAGAUUUCGCUAUCAGAAGAAAUUCUGGAGAAGUGCUCGGACUCUUUGCGAAAGUUAUUAUUGGAUGAUAGUACCAUGGAAAUGACAGAUGUGGAUCCAGUUGCCUUUACAGUAGUAUUGCAGUAUAUAUCUGGAGUUCAAGAUCUGGGAAAGAAAUUGGAAAGCACAGACCAUCUUUAACAUCUGCCAGUUAGCUAAUAAGUACUCUCUAGAUGAUCUAAAAGAAAAAAUUGCCAGUCAAUUAAUGCCUUUUGGAGUUUAUGAUUUAUUUGACGCUUUAUAUUGUGUGGUCAAAUAUAAUGUCACUUGUUUAGAGCCCACUGUUCGACAGAUCGUACAAGAGGAAACCACUCUGAUAUUUGAACAGCCUCAGUUCAAAUCUAUUGACAGAGAAGCUUUGCUGUAUAUCCUUCAGCAGGAUACUUUGGGUGCAGAGGAGAUAGAUGUGUUCAAAGCAGUUUGUGCAUGGGCUACCCAGCAAGGUUAUUUGGAUAGUACCAACAAAAUUAUCAACCUAGAAAUGAUGAAAGGACCUCUCAAAUAUAUCAGACUUUGCACACUGACUGAUCAGCAAAUUGAAAGAGAUGUUAAACCAAUAGUUCUUUUAAGGCAGGAACUUGAUAACUCUAAAGAAUUUAAAGAUUUGAAGAGCCUUCCAGAGACCUCUUUGUUUAGCAUAUCAACCCAGAAAAGAUGCAACCCUUUGGUUCUUGAUUCCCUUUACACCAGCCUCGGAGAGAAGAGAAGUAAUAUCGAUAAAUGCAGCAGCAGCUACAUCUUCAUUAUGGACAAGACUGUAAAGCUAAAUAAAUUUGUUUGCUUUGGUAAAAACUUAGAAACGCCUUACAUAGUGAAUGUUUCUGUUAUUGUGUCACGGGUUGGUGGAUAUUUGUUUAACGAGGAAGCACGGUUCUCAACAAAAUCUGAAAUUUUGAACAACGGAAUGAUUAAUGUUGACUUGACUAAACUGGAUUUUGAAUUCCGUCAUUACGAUCAGUACAAAAUUGAUGUGAUCUUUGACAUUCCCCAACCGGCACGGACACUGAGAGGGAGUUUGGAACAGUUUAGUGGUAAGUUCGGGAAAAUUCAGUGGGCCAGUUGCUGCAUUAAUCCAAAUAUCUCAUCCCCGCCCACCGUCUCGUACUACAGCCAUCUGGCCAAAAUUGGGUUUUAUUCAUUAAAAGACGAAGAAGAAGAAUCAUAUCAUAAAUCUGAAGAUUGAACUCUGUACAAAAUGCUGAAGUUAACAAAGGAGAAUAUAUAGAUGAAAACAAAAUUUCUUAUAUGCUAUAUUUAGAUACAAUUUAUGGUGCUGGCUUUUUUGCCUUUUCUAACAUGAUGUGAUGUAAAGCCUCAUAUUAAUACCUAUUUAUUACACAAUAUGUGUAUACAAUAUUACUGUAGUAACUAAAUAUUUUUACAAAUAAUUAAAAAAUUACAUUUACACA